AUGUCUGCUGCCUUCGGAUCGCAAGCUCGUUCAAAGUACCAUGCCGAUCUGACAACUUCGUCAGCAGCUACGGGUGGUGCCAUCAAGAAGAGAUCAGCCUACAACAAGUACAUGAAGGGAGCCCUUGGACGCAUCAAGGAUGAACAUCCCGACAUGGCCCACAAGGAGCGCUUCACGCUGGCUGCUCAGCAAUGGAAGACUCAUCCCGACAACCCGUGA